CCAUACUUACCUUCAUUCCACCUCCCUAAGUACAAUUCUAAAUUACACAACGCAAACAUGUCAAGUUUAGAAAAACGCUGCAAAACAUGCGGAAGAACCCUGGUUAAGUUGUCUAGCUCACAAUAUGAAAUCUGUCCAGUGUGUGAGACAAUCAGCCUUUUUAACAAAAAGCUUAAGGGUCGUGUUCUCAACCGAAUUGAACAAAUUACGAAUGUAGUAAGAAGUCCAUAUCAAGAAGAUUUUAAAACACUUCCCUCUCAAACAUCAUCACCAUGGUUAUCACGUUUUCCUCAAAUCCGUACCAAUCAGUUAACUCCAAGACUUCCGUUGCAAAAAAGGAAGAAGGCUGUUCUAUGUGGUGUGACCUACAAUGGCCAUAGAAAGAAACUUGAAGCCAGUGUUCAUAACGUGAGGAGCAUGCAACAACUACUUGUGAACAAACUAGGCUUUCAAAAUGAUUCAAUCCGCAUCCUUACAGAAGAGGAAUCAGAUCGCUCAAGGAUUCCAAGAAAACGUAACAUACAAGAGGCAUUACGCUGGCUAGUGGAAGGUUGUCAAUCUGGGGACUCGCUGAUGUUUUACUAUGCAGGACAUGCAUGUCAAAUUCCUGAUGAAGAUGGAGAUGAGAUUGAUGGAUAUGAUGAAGCGUUGUGCCCUCUGGACUAUAGAGUGGCCGGAGUGAUACUUGAUGAUGAAAUCAAUGCCACCAUUGUAGCACCACUUCCUCAUGGAGUAACACUUCAUAGUGUUAUUGACACUUGCUUCAGUGGAACUGUGCUAGAUCUACCCUUUCUUUGCCAGAUCAACCAGGAUGGACUAUAUAUGUGGGAAGAACACCAACUUACAAAUAAAGGGACUCGUGGUGGCAAAGCACUGUGUAUUAGUGCUUGUGCAGAUCACCAGAACUCAGCCGAUACAUCGGCUUUCACAGGCAAUGCUAUAGGUGCAUUGACUUUUAGCUUCAUUCAAGCUAUUGAAACCGAAAGCAAAUUGACAUAUGGAAGGUUACUUACCUUCAUGCGCAAAAAAGUCCAACAUGCUCAACAAGUGGUAGGCCGAUCUGUACCAUUUGCAUCUUCUAUGUCUCAGGAGCCUCAACUAUCAUGUUCAACAAGAUUUGAGAUUUACUCGGAACUUGUUAAGUUGUAAAGAAAAUAUACGUGUAGCCUGGAUUAGCUAGAAAUGGAGAGUAAUUUAUGAAAUGUGCUAGCAAGUAAUAUCUAGUGGUAUGAACAUUGAAGCUACUAUGAUUGGGCGUUACUUGGGACAUUUCAAAAGUUAUGAGUUUUAAUCAUAUUAUGCAUUACACGAUCAAUUAUUAAUAAUGUAAUAACAAAACCAAGGGAUUGUUCUAAAGUGCUCCUUUGGAUACCUCAAAAGUUCUCCUUUGGAUGCCUUAAAUUUUUUCCUUUGGACACCUUAAAAGUUUUGAGUUUGAUUCUAUUGUGAUUCACUUCUUGUUUUAAUACAAUCUUAAUUUACUAA